UCUGCAGGCCGGGCCCCGGGAGGAGGAGUGGGCCGGGCCCCGGGAGGAGGAGUGGGCCGGGCCCCGGGAGAAGGAGAGGGCCGGGACCCGGGAGGAGGAGUGGGCCCGGCCCUGCCAGUGGUCAGCGCCGAGAGCCUCGGCCCGGAGCCUGCACCCAGAGCCUGCACCCACGGUCACGUUCUAAUUACGGCCAGGAGAGAAUCUCAUUGUGCUCCCCGUCGGUUGCAUGCAUACCUCUUUGACGUGCUGGUUGCAUUAUGUAAAACUCUGUUUUGCCAAGACAGGAAACUCCCUGUUAACAGGGACGUGCUUUGAAGAUUUCUUAACAAGAAACGUUGGCAAACCUCUGCGGAUUUUCUCAGUCCCAUGCUGUGCAACAUUUGCUGGGCUCGAUAAGUUGGGUGUAGAGAUGGUCUCAGGAGCAAGUGGCUAUCAGUCAGCCAUUCCUGCAGAGUUGGGACUCGGGAUGAAGCACUGGGUAGCAUUGUCACUCAGCACCUGGAAGUGAAUCGGCAUCCUGGCUUUCCUGGGCCUCUCUUGAAGAAGUAACUUUGUGGAGGUAUAACUUACGUAUAUCUCUUAGUAGUACACGGUUGAGUUUUGACAAGUGUGUGUACAUCCAGGAAACCACCACUCCCAUCAAGAGCAUUCCCAGCACCCCAAAAAGUUUGCUCCUGCUUGGGUCUAUUUUUAAGGGCUUGUCACUGCUUAAAAUAUAGUUUAUGAAAUCCUGGUACUAUAUAUUUAUCUGGCUUGGUACCCAGAGUGCUCCUUAGAAGUGAGGAUGGCGAGAGUUUGUCUCACAAACUCAGGACAUGUUAUCACCAGGGACCAGUCCCUGGAGAAGGACACCAUGCUUGGUAAAGUAGAGGGUCAGCGAAAAAGAGGAAGACUCAAGAUGGAUUGACACAGUGGCUGCAACGAUGGCGUCAAACACAGCAACGAUUGUGAGGAUUGUGCAGGACGAGGCAGUGUUUCGUUCUGUCAUACGUAGGGUCGCUAGGAGUCAGAACUGACUGGAUGGCACCUAAUAACAGCAGCACCUGUGCUGCCAGGCACUGUUCUUAGUGCUCUGUAUGAACCCAUUUAUUCUUCACACAGCUCGAUAAGGUGUCUGUUCUUCCCAUUCCCACUUUAUAGCAGAGCAGGCAGUGGCUAGGGGGAUUUAAAUGACCUGUCCAGAGCCAGGCAGGGAAUAAAACUAAUUUGAGCAAUGUGAGCUGAUACUAGUCUGGCGUUUCCUGUCCUUCGUGGCUCUGCAGGAUGGAUUUAGCAAAAUUAUUUCCCAAGACACAUGCACACACAGUUACUGUCCUUGCUGAUACUGUCCUUGCUGAUCCCCUUCCCCUGCAGUGCUUGUCCCUGUACAGAGUAUGGAGGGAGCUGAGGGCCAGAGACAGACCUGUGGCUCAGGGAAAUGAUGGGACAGUGAGGCCUUGUGUCGUCCUGAGCUGGACCCUGCUGCUAAAUGCCUUUUUCCCUGGUCACAGUUAUGCUUCCAAAUUACAGAGCUGCUGUCACCAUUAAGUGUUAGGUUAAAUUCUUCGUGUAGAAUGUGGUCAGAUAAAGGGUUUCAGUACCCAUUUGGGAGGGUUUAGAUGUUGAAGGGCUUAUUAUAGUUGGAGUUUGUUGGUGCUUUGCUGGAGAGGAGAAAAUUAUACCUUUGUUUUUAAUCUGGUGAGUAACCAACUGUUGCUCCUGCCCCACCUCAGUAAUGACACUGUGAAGCUAUCCCUGGGUGCGUUAGGGUCCCCUCCUUGAAGGCUGUGGUGCUGACAUCCUGGGGCUGUGCCUAGCUCUACUUGGGAGGCAUUUGGGCUCCUGCUGGCUGGUGGGCUCCUCUGGCUGUACCUAUGGGCGUGCGUGCUGGUAGAGGGGGCUCUGCUGACGGCCCAGAGGAGAUCCAGGAUUGAGGGGCACUGGGGGGCCCCUCAAUUGCGGGCAAAUUGGGGUUGGCUGACUAUGGUGUUUGCCAUUCAUAGAAAUUCCUGUGUCGUCUCAGUAUUAGAGGUGGGUUUCUUGUCGACCAAAGAAUAAGAAAACCAUCAUCUGAAGGGCCUGUCUUAAACAGUGUGCUCAGGAUCUGCUGGGAUUUCUUUUUGGGACCUAGGAAGUGCAGUCAGCUUGAGUCAGUGGGAGGCUGUGGAUUCUGGCUCCCCAGGUGCCCCUCGCCACCUCGACGUAGCCAGCCAGGCACAGCAGCCCGGCCCUGGGUUCUGUACGGAGUAUUAAUGAGCUGAUCUCUUAAAAUUAUUUUGCUUCCUGUAAAUAAAAUGUUCCCAGGGAGAAGUCCGAGUCGUCUUCUCGUUGGUGCCCAGCACGUACCCCAAGGUGACACCCUGCUCGGCACGUGGGUCCAGAGUUAGUAGGCAUCUUUAUCAAGGAAGCCCUAGAAACAGGCAAUAUUCAGACAGUGAAGGGAUGGGGCGCGCUCACUGAUUUCGUCCGUGUCUGAGAAGAGCAAAUUUUCAUAAAUCUCUACGGUUACCUGUUCAGGCACCUGGGCCAGCCACCAGCCUUGUGGCAUGGGUGGCUGCAUGGUGGGGGCUCUGCAGCAGGUGGGGAGCCAGUCCGGACCAAAGCUGAGCUCUGCGGAACUGCUGUUUCUCACCAUGUCAGGAAGGGGCAGAGAUGUAUGUCACACACCUGUUGCCUUUCCUUGAAAACCAGGGAAGAGGACACAGCCCAGCUUAGCGUUAAAUCCUGGGGCUGAGAGACCACCCAGUGGUCCCACUGCUGUGGCCCCUAGAAGCUGAGCUGUAUCCUCCCAGGGUGAAGAUGGUCUCCCCGUAGCACACAGGGUUUCCCUCUUGGACCCUGACGUGGCCCGUGGCCUCAUGGCUUACAGCGACAUGGAGGAGUAGUGGGUUGGUCAUGGGAAUUCAUGCUCUGAGGGCCUGCUGUCAUCUCGGUCACCUGUGACUGGGUCUAGAAAGGAGGGUAUGUGCCUGCAGGUGCCUCUCACAGAGCCAUGCUGCCUGGGGUGGUUCACCGGGAACACCAGGGCCACUCUGCUGCCACCUCUCCUCCUGGCACUGUCGUCAGUUCUUGCCCUGGGGGGACACUGAGGCCUGGUGAGGACCGGCCAUAGGAGGGUGUGGAAAUAUGGGCACACAUCCUGGGGUGGGUGAUUCAGAGAUAGUUCAGAUGUGGAUGUCACCCUGGCCUGGCCCUGAGUCGGUCACUGAGCCCUGCCCAGCGUGCCUGGGUUUCCUCAGGUGUGCUGUCACCGUGUGUGGGACUGACUUUAACUCUGACUUUGUGUCUAGGUAAUCAUUACCAAAUGAGGAGGAAAGGACGAUGCCAUCGAGGACCUGCAGCCAGGCACCCUUCCUCCCCGUGCGGUGUUAAACACUCCCCGACAAGAGAGACGCUGACCUACGCCCAAGCGCAGAGGAUGGUGGAGAUCGAGAUUGAGGGCCGUCUGCACAGGAUUGGCAUCUUCGACCCCCUGGAGGUCAUCCUGGAAGACGACCUCACUGCCCAGGAGAUGAACGAGUGCAACAGCAAUAAGGAGAACAGCGAGAGGCCGCCCGUUUGUCUGAGAACUAAGCGCCACAAAAACAACAGGGCGAAGAAGAAAAACGAAGCCCCCCCCAGCGCCCAUGGCACGGCAGCCUCGGCCAGCGCGCUCCCCGAGCCCAGGGUGCGGAUCGUGGAGUACAGCCCCCCGUCGGCGCCCCGGCGGCCGCCCGUCUACUACAAGUUCAUCGAGAAGUCGGCCGAGGAGCUGGACAAUGAGGUGGAGUACGACAUGGAUGAGGAGGACUACGCCUGGCUGGAUAUCAUCAACGAGAAGCGCAAGGGGGACUGUGUCUCGGUGGUGUCGCAGAACAUGUUUGAGUUUCUGAUGGACCGCUUCGAGAAGGAGUCGUACUGUGAGAACCAGAAGCAGGGCGAGCAGCAGUCCUUCAUCGACGAGGACGCCGUGUGCUGCAUCUGCAUGGACGGCGAGUGUCAGAACAGCAAUGUGAUCCUCUUCUGCGACCUGUGCAACCUGGCCGUGCACCAGGAGUGCUACGGAGUGCCCUACAUCCCCGAGGGCCAGUGGCUCUGCAGGCACUGCCUGCAGUCCCGCGCCCGGCCUGCCGACUGCGUGCUGUGCCCCAACAAGGGAGGUGCCUUCAAGAAGACGGACGACGACCGCUGGGGCCAUGUGGUGUGCGCCCUGUGGAUUCCCGAGGUCGGGUUCGCCAACACGGUUUUCAUCGAGCCCAUUGACGGCGUGCGGAACAUCCCGCCCGCCCGAUGGAAGCUCACCUGCUACCUCUGCAAGCAGAAGGGUGUCGGAGCCUGCAUCCAGUGCCACAAAGCCAACUGCUACACAGCAUUCCAUGUGACCUGUGCCCAGAAGGCUGGCCUGUACAUGAAGAUGGAGCCCGUGAAGGAGCUGACGGGCGGGGCCACCACCUUCUCGGUCAGAAAGACUGCGUACUGUGACGUCCACACGCCGCCGGGCUGCACCCGGAGGCCUCUGAACAUUUAUGGAGAUGUUGAGAUGAAAAACGGCAUCUGCCGCAAAGAGAGCUCCAUCAAGACAGUAAGGUCCUCGUCCAAGGUCAGGAAGAAGGCAAAGAAGGCCAAGAAGACACCAGCGGAGCCUUGCACAGUCAUGCCGACUGUGUGUGCUCCCUAUAUCCCCCCUCAGAGGUUAAAUAAGAUUGCGAAUCAGGUGGCCAUUCAGCGGAAGAAGCAGUUUGUCGAGCGAGCCCACAGCUACUGGCUGCUCAAGAGGCUGUCGAGGAACGGCGCGCCCUUGCUGCGGAGGCUACAGUCCAGCCUGCAGUCCCAGCGGAGCACACAGCAGAGAGAAAACGAUGAAGAGAUGAAAGCUGCGAAGGAGAAGCUCAAGUACUGGCAGCGGCUACGGCAUGACCUGGAGCGGGCGCGCCUGCUCAUCGAGCUCAUGCGCAAGCGCGAGAAGCUGAAGCGCGAGCAGGUGAAGGUGGAGCAGAGGGCCAUGGAGCUGCGGCUGACCCCGUUCACAGUGCUGCUGCGCUCGGUGCUGGACCAGCUACAGGAGAAGGACCCCGCGCGGAUAUUCGCGCAGCCCGUGAGUCUGAAGGAGGUGCCAGAUUACUUGGAUCACAUCGCGCACCCCAUGGACUUUGCCACAAUGAGGAAACGGUUAGAAGCUCAAGGGUAUAGAACCCUCACUGAGUUUGAGGAGGAUUUUAAUCUCAUUGUAGAUAACUGCAUGAAGUACAAUGCCAAGGACACCGUAUUUUAUAGAGCCGCAGUGAGGCUGCGCGAUCAGGGAGGCGUGGUUCUGCGGCAGACGCGGCGCCACGUGGAGAGCGUUGGCUUCGAGGAGGCCACCGGGAUGCACCUACCCGAGCGGCCCCCAGCGGUGCCCCCGCGGCCCUUCUCCUGGGAGGAUGUGGACAGGUUACUGAACCCGGCCAACCGUGUGCACAUGGCCCUGGAGGACCAGCUAAGGGAACUGUUGGACAAACUGGACCUGACCUGCUCGAUGAAGUCCAGUGGGUCGAGAAGUAAACGAGCAAAAUUGCUAAAAAAGGAAAUUGCUCUUCUGCGGAACAAGCUGAGUCAGCAGCCUAGCCAGCCCCCGCGGCCCGCGGAGUCAGGUAUUGGAAGCUUCGAAGAGGACGGGGCUCCAUUGGAGCAGGAGGCGGGGGAUGCAGGAGAUAAAUCUCCCCCUAAACUUGAACCAUCAGAUGCAUUACCUCUUCCUUCAAACUCGGAGACUAAUUCAGAACCACCAACCCUCAAACCAGUAGAACUCAACCCCGAGCAGAGUAAACUAUUCAAACGAGUCACUUUUGGUAAUGAGUCACAUAGCACUUGCACUCAGAGCGCCCUGGCGCACGGACACCCUGCGGCGCCCUCUCCCGCCAGCGGAGGCGCUGUGCCGGCCGCCCCCGCGCUGGCGGAGCCUUCCAGCGAUGUGAACAGACGCACCUCUGUUCUCUUCUGCAAAUCGAAAAGUGUAAGCCCCCCAAAGUCUGCCAAGAACACUGAGACCCAGCCAACUUCUCCUCAGCUAGGGACCAAAACCUUUUUGUCUGUAGUCCUUCCGAGGUUGGAGACUCUUCUGCAGCCAAGGAAAAGGUCGCGGAGCACAUGUGGAGACUCCGAGGCGGAAGAGGAGUCCCCAGGAAAGCGCCUGGACACAGAGUGGCAGUAGAAUCAGUGGACACACGAGGAGGCCCUAAGCACUCCCAAGAGCGAGUGAGUGUCGGUGGCGUGGCCUAGACCAGCUGCCCCAAGUUGGCCUGCCGACGUCUGCUUGCAGCGACCCCUUGCCCAGGUCUGCCUGGUGCACACGCCCCUUACCUUGUGCCUCUGCUCGCCUGGGACCUCUUGCUCCAAUCGCGGCUUCUGUGAUCGAGGACAUGCAAUGUUGGAACCUUCUGACUCCCUGGAUUCACCUGUGUGUCUGGGCUUCAGGGGCAUGCUUGCCUUACCACUCAGCAGGAUUCCUGAGAGAGUGGAAAAGGAGCCCUUCCUUCUGAGAUGGCUCCUGUUGGCACCUUUGCCUGCUGUGUGCGUGACAAAGGUGGAGGCCUGGCUCAGGGAGGCACCACAAGCCCAGGAGGAUUCAACCCCUGUGACCCAUGCUGUGUGGACACCGUACUCUCAGAGCCUACACUGGAUGCUCAUAACUUCACCUGUCUGUGAUUACAGAUUUAUUCCAGUGAUGGACAGUCUACCAAUAAUUUUACUUUACUUACCUCCUUUGAGAUCCCUGUUAUGUGAUGCUAGCCGUGCACGAGAUGAUGGCCGUUGGGGGGUGAGCGAGAGAGAAGUUAGCGCGUGAGUUGUGUCUGCAGAGGCCCGUGGAAGGUGCUGGUCUGCAGGUCCUUGUGCUCAGACUACAUGACCUUUUGCUGCCGCCCAGGCUUCAUUCUAACUACUCAUAUGCUGGAUAGUUAACACUUUGGAUCGUAAUUAUUUUGUCUGCCAUCCUAUCAUGGAACACAGGGAUGCCUUUGUGUGCCAGUGUAAUUGUGUGGGUCAUGUUGGAGCCGUCAGUACAGCGUCUUCUGAGCACAGGUGCCAUCCCAGAGGACGCUGCUGGCACCAUCCAGCCAUCCUGUGGUGCGGUGGCUCAGGCUGAAUUGGCACCCUGCGCCUUCCAGCUUCCUCCCUGUUGACGGUCCUGAGUGAGCAAAGGAAACGCUCUGUUCAUAUGUUAUUCAGGGACACUCUAGAGCUUAACUGGACAGAUUCUGGAAUGUGCUGCUGGCAUGCUUACCUUUUGUGGCCCUGCCCUGAGUUGGGGCCAUGCCUGUGCUGGAGAAGGGAGCGGGCCCUGUGUAUCUGAAAGGCCUGCAGCCCGUAGCACCCAUCAGGAACGUGGCACACGUGGCACUUCCCCUGCGGUACCCAGCCUCUUUCUGUUUCAGUUUUCCUUGGGGGUUCCCUUCUCUCUUAUCUCCCUUCCCUUUGUUUCCGUCUGAUAAUCUCCAGGGGAUUGUUGAGCAACACUCACUGUCUUCCACCAGUGCUGUGGCAAAAUGACAAGUCAUAGAAGAGAGAUCCAGGCGUUCCACUCAGCAAUGACGUUCUUGCACCUUGGCCCUUUUCAGCGCUGUUCUCCGCAAGGAUGGCUGGUUGCUGAGGUCUUCUCACUUGCUGUGCUUUUGUUUUCAGUGAGAGGUUGAGAAACACAAAAAUGCACUCCUGUUGCCAGUAGCAAAAUUUAAAGUAUAAGCAGAACAUAAUCACCACCUGGAAAUGACGUGUGCCUGCACCACAACUGCCAGUUGGCGCCCACACCACAGCACCCCCAUGGUGGUGCCCCUCACUCUUAGGACUGCGCUGCCCCUGGCUGUCCUGGCCUGCCUGCUGAGCAUGUGUGUGCCUGCUGCUGCGUCUGGUUGCAUCCUGGAGGUGCCUGCGCCAUGUUCCAGCCACUGCAGCUCCUGCAGCCCCAUCAGUGACCUGGUGUUGUGUGUGGCCCUGGUCACUGGGCUGUUGUUGGGACACAGGGUGGGAGCCCCACCAUCGUGAGCAGCAUAUUGUUUAAUGGACCAGUGAGUGUGGCCAUGUG